AUGAAUGAAUAUAGCAGCAGAGACUCCGCUAUGAAAUUCUCCAAGAAAUCACCGUUGGAUACUGCGAUAACUACAAAAAUUAUAUACGAGUUAACAAAAUGCUACGGCGAAACAUCCGAUGAGAGUGUAAAGUUUCAAUUUAUGCUUGACGUUGGAUGCGGUAGUGGAAGGUCGACCAGAGCUUUUUCGCCUAAUUUUAAUUCAAUCUUAGGAUUUGACGUCAGUUCUGAGCAAAUAAAACUAGCCCAGGAGAUGGAAUUGGAAGAAAACGUGGCUUACGUCGUUGGCAACUCCGAUGCUUUUCCCUGUGACGACAAAAGCGUCGAUUUGGUCACAAGUUGUUUUUCUUUGCAUUUCAUGGAUGUCUCAAAAUUUGUAGAUGAAUGCGAAAGGGUGCUAAAGCCCAAAGGCAUGGUUGCUGCAUACGGCUUUGUGAUAUCAGAUAUUGAAUUAGAAAACGGCGAUAUAGAUUUAAAAUCAGGAUAUGGUGUUUUCCAGGACUUUUACUUUCAACCGCUAACUGAUUACGUGAAAAAAAUGAAUCACCCGGAACAACACGUUUGUGAUCGCUUUCAAGCUUUAUACAACGGAAUCGACACAAAAUUGCAGAAAUGGCGAGAUGACAAAUUGAAAUUUGAGAUUCGCACUAACUUUAAAAAGUUUAAAGAAGACUGUAUGGUUGUGCCAAUAUUUCAGAAAUUUUCUGAAAGUUUCCCGGUGAAUGCCUAUGAUACAUUAUUCCGAAAGUUGAAGAAGUAUUGGGAAAUUCCAAAUAUAAAAAAUGAGGAUGUUGCUGUGAAGAUAACCUUUUCAUUGUUUUCCAUUUUUAUGAAAAAAUAA